AACUUGAAGCAUUCAGAUAGGCAUGCAAUGACAAGACUUUUUCAGAAAUUCCUUCGAAAAAAUCAUCGUUCUCCAGGUUCUGAAACUAGCCCAGCUCAGGCGGAAGACAAGAGUCAGGCUCAGAAUAGGACAAGAUUUUGUAGAAGAGUGUUGGAGAAAGUCAGAGUUGUGCGCAGCGUGUCUCGUGAAACCCCCAAAUUUCCGAGAAAGAAUAAGCAAGUGAAGAUCUCCCUGAGCCUUCUAGUCACACGAAAAAGCUGCAGGAAGAACAUUUCUCGAAUAGCCCUGUCCCGCACCAUGAACAGCACACUUAGAAGCAGGAGCAGAGAAGACGAGGCUAACAAGAGCUUCGAGAAAUUCAUAGCAAAUGAUCAUAGAUCUGCAUUGAAAGCAAUCAAUGAGUCUUUGAAAAGCUACACUAAUUGCUCUACACCUAUUAGGAUCUCUAGAGAAAAUCAACAUGAACUCCCAUUGGAAAUGCCAUCUUCCUUCAAAAGCCGUAGGCUAAUGAACUUAUUGGAGACACAUAGAAGCAUGGGCAAGAGGAGAGAAGCUAAUGUGAAUCAGUUUUUAAAACCUUCACCUACAAAACCUCCUGUUUUUCUUAAUUUACCCAAGAUUUCACCUAAGUUAUUAAAAGACAAGACGCCUGAGCCGAGAUUGCCUAAAGUCCAACUUAACACUGACUUGUGGGAAUAAUCACCCCAGCUAGCCUUGGCUGGUUGGAGCUAAUUUAUAACUCUCUUACUAAGCAUGAAUAAGAAGAUUGUCUGGUUUGAACAUAGAGCGAAAAUUCAUCA